GGGCAGAUUCGGCGUCGAAGAAAGAGGAGGCCCGGGAAAGGGCGGCGGGUGCAUUGCAAGCCACAAGGUGGAGAAGCGAGUCACCGCUUGGCCAGCCCCCGGAUUGCCGCUGGGGCAAGUGUGCGAUCGAUCAGCCUUUUGCAAGCAACGGGGAAGGAGCGCGAGCUGGUUUUCUGCAGCCGUUUCUCCAGGAGCUACUACUACGUGCUCUCUUCGGCGGCAGCAGGAGCGAGAAGUGGAGAAGGAUAAGGGUGUCUUUCGACUCCCCAAGCGUGCAUGCCAGAUCUCUGCAACUUGACAUCGGAGCUUCUCUUUUGCCAUCUGGGAUUCCGCGCCUCCCUGAAGCCGUUGCACAGAAGAACGGAGGAGAAAGAGGAAGCACUUUUAGCAGCACUAACCCUGCCCUCUGUGGGGUUUGCAUUACAGGAACAUGCAGUGAUUUGCUGCUUUGCCUUUAGACCCAUCCCAACCGUCAGGGUGUGUGGUAUAUGGUGUGUGUGGGAGGGGGAGAUCUACUGUCUCUGUAAUAAAUGAUAGAGGAUACAAUGACUUUGCUCUCUUUGCUGGGUCGGAUCAUGCGUUACUUCUUACUGAGACCAGAGACGCUGUUCCUGCUAUGCAUCAGCCUGGCCCUAUGGAGCUACUUCUUCCAUACGGAUGAAGUGAAAACCAUAGUCAAGUCCAGCAGAGAUGCAGUGAAAAUGGUGAAGGGCAAGGUAGCUGAAAUUAUGCAAAAUGACCAACUUGGGGGUCUAGAUGUGCUGGAUGCAGAGUUUUCCAAGACCUGGGAGUUUAAGAACCACAAUGUGGCUGUUUAUUCCAUCCAAGGCCGGAGAGACCACAUGGAAGACAGGUUUGAAGUGAUCACGGAUCUGGUGAACAAGACUCAUCCAUCCAUAUUUGGGAUAUUUGAUGGACACGGUGGAGAGUCAGCAGCAGAAUAUGUGAAAUCCCGCUUACCAGAAGUCCUAAAGCAACAUCUUCAGGAUUAUGAGAAAGAUAAGGAGAACAGUGUACUAUCCUAUCAAACCAUCCUGGAGCAACAAAUUCUCUCAAUCGACCGAGAAAUGCUGGAAAAAUUGACUGUAUCCUACGAUGAGGCAGGAACAACAUGUUUGAUUGCUUUACUGUCCGAUAAAGAGCUCACAGUGGCCAACGUUGGAGAUUCAAGGGGGGUUUUGUGCGAUAAGGAUGGAAAUGCUAUUCCUUUGUCUCAUGAUCACAAGCCCUAUCAGCUGAAAGAAAGAAAGAGGAUUAAAAGAGCUGGUGGCUUCAUCAGUUUCAAUGGUUCCUGGCGUGUUCAGGGGAUCCUGGCCAUGUCUCGUUCUCUUGGGGAUUACCCAUUGAAAAAUCUGAAUGUUGUCAUCCCUGAUCCAGAUAUCUUGACCUUUGACCUGGACAAACUCCAGCCAGAGUUCAUGAUCUUAGCUUCUGAUGGGCUCUGGGAUGCAUUUAGUAAUGAGGAAGCGGUGCGGUUCAUCAGAGAACGAUUAGAUGAGCCACAUUUUGGAGCCAAGAGCAUAGUGCUCCAAUCUUUUUAUAGGGGAUGCCCUGACAACAUUACAGUCAUGGUGGUUAAGUUCAAAAGCAGCAAUAGAGCGGAAGACCAGUAAAAAAAGAGAAAGAAAAAAACGGGGGAGAAAGAGAAAUAAAAGUAAUACCACACUCUGCCUCUCACUUGGCAAACUUCUUUAUUUAACCUUUACACUUCAACACAGUAGACAGUGGUAGCAAGUAUAUUAGUAUUAAAAUUGUACAAUCCAAAAAUGAGAGUAGAAAAGGCAUUCUUUUUGGUAAAACACAGUAAACAAUAUCAACCAUUCAAUUUUAUUUUAUUUUAUUUUUAAAUGAAAAGGAUUUUGUACCUUUUAUUCUCUAGAUCAGGGCUAUCAGACUCCUAGCCUGCAGGCCGGGUGCAUCAUGCGCUGGCCACGUCCUGCCCGGUUUAGCGAAGAGAAAAAAAGUCCCGAUACUUCAUGGGAUGCCACCAUGACACCGCAAGUUUGAUACCCCUGCUCUAGAUCUCUAAUGGUCUCAGCUUAGAAAAAUCCUUCAGUUAUAAAGGCCCGUGACUCCUUCAAAGAUUCCAAAUGGCUGCAAUUCACUUUGUCUUCACAUAACAGCUUAGAAUUGUGUUUGGACUUGGGCAGCUGAGACACGAUAGGAACAGCUCACUGCUUGGAACCAGUUGAUAAAACUGACAUGGGAUUUGCCACCAGUGUGACUAUCCAUUCUCACAUCCUCUCAUUCAUACCGCUACAUCUGCUUAGUUAAACUGCAGAAAGAACAAAAAUGGGUAGCUAACAGUUUCAUAAGAAGGAGGUACCAAUGGGUCCAUAACAGAUAACUACUGUUCCUUUCCGUUGGUAUAUUUCCUGCUAUAUCAUUAGCAUUAAACAAUUAAGUUUUUCCACUGCUAUGUUUCUAAGGUUUGUGUGCAUGCCUUUGUUUCUUAAAAAAAAAACCCAAUUAGCAGCAGAUAUCUUUUAAGAUCCAUGCUCACUGAAAAAUAUCCCCUUUCUUAAUUUUUGUUUUUGAAUGAGCUGAAUUAAUUCUUUUUUCUAGUUUGGAACCAUAACUUGUGUAGUUCACACAUCAAAAACAGUUGUUAAGACCAUGAUAUAACAAUGUGUCUUUAAGCUUAGAAGAUUCUGAUAUAAGACAUUAGCAUUUCUAAACUUGUAUUUAAGGGAUAAAGCUAGCAUAUUAAUGAAUCAGCAAGCAAACUGAAAUAGGAACUUAGUGCCAAACUCUUGGAAAAUACAGGUAGAGUAUUAUUUUUCUUUUUUCAUUAGCAGUGAAGCUUCAUUCCAAAACAGAAGAUUGGCAAGCAAGUUUUACGUUUUAAAUAUUUAAUGAUGUAAAUCAUCAAAAGCCAACCCUAGUAGUAAGUGUUACCUGCAUAUAGCUUCAGUUUGAAAUCUGUGGAGUUUGGUAUGAGCUAACUGCUUAAUUCUAGUGUGCCUAUCAUCUGUGUGUGUCAUUACCAACUUUCUGCAGAUUGAUAGCUCCAGAUGUGUUGGGCUGCAGUUCCCAUAGUUCCGACAUCUGGCAAGUGAACAGUUGGGAACUAUUGGGAACUUUGGGUAACAAGGUAGACUUUGUUGUAAUCACUGAUGAUAUCUGACCUUGAACUAUUUGCUGCAUCAUUCUAAUUGUAACUUCUUUCUAUCAUGCAAAUAAGGAAGCAGGAUCAGGCAUUCUGAUUUACAGGCUAUAAUUUAGAAUCAAAACUAUGGAAAUGUGAGUCAAAUCCUCCAUUAGAUUGCUACAAAGAUGUUAGAGUAUAGCUUUUCUGUUCUAAUUAAGGUGCUCUAAUUAAUUGGACAUUGCCAGGAUUAAUAAUUUGUGAAGUGCUAUUUAAUCAUCGUAUUUCAUUCUCUAUUGGUAUAUAUAGAUUCUCCUGAACAAUUAACUCAAGCAGCAACAGGGAAGGUGCCAUAUAGUCCAUCUCUGAAGUAAUUGAGUAACUUGAAAAUAAUACAAUGGAUUAAGACAGGGGUGGACAACUGUGGCCCUUUUAUGGCUUGUAAAGCAUGGCUACUUCCAGAAUUCUGAGAGUUAAGGCCACAGGUCAUAGUGGGGCCAUAAUUGUCCACCCUUGGAUUAAGAUAUACCAAGUGUGCAUUAGUUACUUCUGAUGUCUUUAUUUCUUGCCUUUGUUAUGUCUUCUUAGAGAUAUUACUUAGAUUCUCAAAAUAUUGCUAGUUUUGAUUGAACGAUUACAUAUCAUCAAGUUGAUAAUGAUUCUUGCAGGCAACAUAGAUAGAUUUCCUCCAUGAUAUCUGCCCCUAACCUGGUCCUUCAGCUCUUCCACCGGGACACUCAUUGCUAGUUGCUGUUUAUCCUCUUCUUUUUCCUUCCGCGCUUCAAGCAUUAAAACCUUUUUAGAGAGCUAGGUGUUUGCACAAUGUCUAAAAUGGGUUUGUUAGUUUUAGCUUCAGUUUAUUUGGGUGAUGAAAGAAAAAUAAAAAGAUGCUUCCCCAGUCUUUAUGUUACAUUCUUGUACAAAAUUGAAGAGGCAUCUUUAAUUCAAAGAUCUAUUUUUUAAAAAUCAAAAAUAAAACUGUAAACUAAUGCACUAGAGUCAUUAAAUAUCGUUAUACUGCAAAAUUGAAAUACUGAAUCAAAAAGCUUCCAUUUUAAAUUUUUACCUAAUUAUUUACCUAAUUACAAAUAAAAAUAAUAAUCUUGUUUUACCUGGUGAAUAGGAGAUGCAUGUCCAAACUCUUACCUGGCUGUCAUCUGGGAACAGUUAAUUUAGGCACAGUAUUAGCUGCAGCUCUUUUGAGGGCCUUAGUUUCUCCCACCUCUUUGACAUUAUAACUGAGCCUUAGAGCCCCAAAUGAGAUUAUCGAAAACCUAUUCCUAAUACCUAUUUAUAUUCUUGAUCUGCACACCCCCACCCAUCACUAUUGAAAGCUAUCAAACAAUGUUGAUUUUUCAUCAGAUCCAUCACUUUUGUGAUAGGUACUGAUAUUUUACAUGUGUUAAAGUAGCACUAGAAGGAUUGGGGGACAUUGCUAUAACUAGACAUCUUGGAAAUAUGUUAGACCUGUUAAUA